CAUUUCAUCAUUGCUUCAUGUCCUAGAGCCAAAAAAUAAAACCAAUUUGUUUGUGGAAUUUUGAGGCAGGAAUAUGGGUGAUUCUUCUUCUGCAUAUUUGUGUUUGGCAGUGGGGUUAGCCUUAGUCGUUUGGUCGGUCUCGAAUGGUGAUGGGGUUGCCGCUGCUGACCGAAUGGUGGGGAGAAGUUCCAAUUCGUUUCAGCAGAUGAGAAGGAAAACUUUCGCAAAUGGACUUGGUCGCACACCGCCGAUGGGAUGGAAUAGCUGGAAUCAUUUUGGUUGUGAUAUCGAAGAGAAAGCAAUUAAAGAAACAGCGGAUGCAAUGGAGGCAAGGGGACUUGCUAAGCUUGGAUAUAAAUAUGUAAACUUAGAUGAUUGCUGGGGCGAGCCUAGUCGAGACGCUAAGGGAAACCUAGUUUCCAAAGCUUCAAAUUUUCCAUCUGGAAUGAAGGCAUUAGCAUAUUAUGUCCACAGUAAAGGAUUAAAGCUUGGUAUUUACUCUGAUGCAGGGACUAAAACAUGUAGUAGAACCAUGCCUGGAUCAUUAGAUCAUGAAGAGCAAGACGCAAAAACUUUUGCCUCUUGGGGAGUUGACUACUUGAAGUAUGACAACUGUGAGAAUUAUGGUAUAACUCCAAGAGAGAGGUACCACAGAAUGAGUGAGGCACUGUUGAGCACAGGGAGGCCCAUCUUUUUUUCUAUCUGUGAAUGGGGACGGGAACACCCGGCCACUUGGGCCCCGGAUAUUGGAAAUAGUUGGAGAACCUCGGGAGACGUCCGUGAUAAUUGGGACAGCAUGAUAGUUCGUGCUGAUCGAAACGACGAGUGGGCAUCUUAUGCUGGGCCCGGAGGUUGGAAUGAUCCCGAUAUGUUAGAAGUUGGGAAUGGAGGGAUGACAGUGGACGAGUAUCGUUCGCAUUUUAGCAUAUGGGCAAUAGCUAAGGCUCCUUUAAUAAUUGGGUGUGACAUACGCACGAUGGACAAUGACACUUAUGAAAUACUCAGUAAUGAGGAUGUCAUUGCAGUCAAUCAAGACAAGCUAGGUGUUCAAGGUAAAAAGGUGAAGAGGGAUGGACAUUUAGAGGUUUGGGCUGGUCCUCUUAGCGAUAAUAAGGUAGCCGUGGUGCUAUGGAAUAGAGGUUCGCGGAAAGCCAACGUCACCGCACUCUGGUCUGACAUAGGCCUUCAACCAACGGUUGCCGUCAAGGCACGGGAUUUAUGGACGCAUUCAACUGAAUACUCAUUGAAGGGCCAAAUAUCGGCACAGUUGGAAUCGCAUGCUUGUAAAAUGUAUGUGCUUACUCCCCACUGAGCACAAGCAGAUGAUGCCACCCAUGCGUGGAAGAGGAACAUAAGCUUUAUUAAACUACGACUUUACGCUCAUACAAACUUCAUUUAUAAUAAGGUUACAAACCAAGUAUGUAAGUCAAAUCAACGAAAACAAAGUACAACAGUUUGAAGAAAAGCAAACAUCAUUUGCUUUAAUAACAUUUAUAUGUAUUUAUUUAUUCAAAAUAUUUAUAUUCGAAUCUUUUUCUUUAAAGUCAUAUUGUUAUUUUGCUAUUA